UGCGCUUGGCGGAGAUGAUGCGGGAGAGAGAAGACGGAGAGAGCGGGAUUUGCACCACCACCACCACCACUACGACAACCACAACCACCACCGCAACCAUCGCCACCGCGACCAUCACCAGCAGCAGCAGCCGGGGCAGCAUUCUCCGCCACACUUGCCAGACACAAGCUUGACUCGCCAUAAGCCAAGAAAAUUGGGGAGCCGGGGCAAUGGCAAGCAGCUUCAUCCGCGCGAUGUUGGGGGGCCGAGGGGGCCUCAUGCUGGGGGCCGCGGCGGGGGCCGGGAUCGUGGCGUCGGGAUUGGCGCUCAACCGGGACUCGAACUGGGUCGGAGCGGCGAUGAACACGGGGAGGCGCUUCUACCCGGCCAGUGCCGAGUACCCGGACCUGCGCAAGCACAACAACUGCAUGGCGAGUAGCCUCACGCCGGCGGUCUACGCGCACCUCUACGACAAAGCCACUCCCGGCGGCUUCACCCUGGACCAGUGCAUCCAGACCGGCGUGGACAACGCCGGCCACCCCUUCAUCAAGACCGUGGGCAUGGUGGCGGGAGACGAGGAGUCCUAUGAGGUGUUCGCGGACAUUUUCAACCCCGUGAUCAAAGAGCGGCACAACGGGUACGACCCACGGAAGAUGGUGCACAGCACGGACCUGGACCACUCCAAGCUCACCCACGGCGUGAUGGACGAGCGCUACGUGCUGUCCACGCGCGUUCGCAGCGGGCGCAGCAUCCGCGGGCUCGCGCUGCCGCCCGCGUGCACGCGCGCCGAGCGGCGCGAGGUGGAGCGUGUGGUCACCUCGGCCCUGGCGGACCUCAAGGGCGACCUCAAGGGCCGCUACUACCCCCUCUGCGGCAUGACGGACUGCGAGCAGGAGCAGCUCAUAUCCGACCACUUCCUGUUCGACAAACCCGUGUCGCCAUUGCUCACCUCGGCUGGGAUGGCCCGGGACUGGCCGGACGCCCGCGGCAUCUGGCACAACAACGAGAAGAACUUCCUCGUGUGGAUCAACGAGGAGGACCACACGCGGCUCAUCUCGAUGGAGAAGGGAGGCAACAUGAAGCGAGUGUUCGAGCGCUUCUGCCGUGGGGUUAAGGAGGUGGAGCGACUGAUCCAGGAGCGUGGCUGGGAGUUCAUGUGGAACAAGCACCUGGGCUACGUGCUCACCUGCCCCUCCAACCUGGGCACGGGACUGCGGGCCGGCGUCCACGUCCGACUGCCCCUCCUCGCCAAGGACCGCCGCUUUGGUCAAGUGCUGCUCAAUCUGCGUCUGCAGAAGCGCGGCACGGGCGGGGUGGACACGGCCGCCGUGGGCGACACUUUUGACAUCUCCAACCUCGAUCGGCUCGGCAAGUCCGAGGUGGAGCUCGUGCAGAUGGUGGUGGAUGGCGUCAACUAUCUCAUCGAAUGCGAGAAGCGGCUGGAGCGGGGUCAGGACAUCCGCGUACCCCCUCCGCUCCUGAGCACCCCCGCCAAGUAGAGGGGGGUCUCCCCCCCCCCCCACCCCGGGAACAACUUCGACGUCCCCACAGCGUCCGCCGCCUCCAAGCUCCGUCGACGCAGGAGAAAGAGCAGCAUCACCACCACCAUCAUCAUCAUCAGCAGAGUCCCGAUGUUCUUUCCUGCAGCAGGGCUUCCACAGCGGAAGCGGCGUCUCGUUGUUUAGAAGCGGCCUGGCUGCGGCAUAGUCGCCUAUAGUAAGACGAGUAAAGGUCAUUUUAGUUUUAAACGGGUGAAUUGUUACGACUUAUUUUGGACCGCGCUGGUAACGAUGUCGAAACACAUUGAUAGCGGAUCCGUACAGAGGCACAAUGCAAGUACGUGAACCAGGGCUUCAUUUUAGGCUGGGUCAGUGACCCUCCCCACUCCAACAAAUAUAUGCACACCACAUCCAGUAUACAUCUCGCUACGGAUGUGGCUGCUGGUCCCGUGCCACCUAAUUGCGAAUCUACGAGCGACCCGGACACAAGACUAAAAUAUGAUUCACGGAGAAAGUCCGCUGUGAUGUGAACCUCCAUUGGUGAUUCGUACAGCCAUGGUGGGUGUGGGGGGGUUUGUGUACGUGUGUGUUGUUGUGUCAUUCGUUAAGGAGCUGGGCAGGUGCCCCUCCACAUUCGACACGCGAUGCACAGCUGCAGACGAUGUCGUCUCUUCCUUUGUUGUCGGGCUUCGGCGAAGUGAAUUCGUGCAGUGGCCCAAAUUUGCACCGUCCCCACCUCUCACGAUCCCGUCCACACCCCGUGUGUACUUGGAUGCUACGUCUAAACCCUUCAAUGGCAUUAUUGUACAAGUAUUGUAUUAUAUCGGUGACGGUGGUGGUGUGUAUCGGCGUUCGUAAACAACGGGGCUCUGCUGCACUCAAGCAUGUCCGUUUCGAACUUAUAACACCCCCUGAAAAAAAAUGUGAACAUUUGCAACGAACUUACUUAUCACGACUGUAAAGCGUGAUCUUAAUAAAACACCAUUAACGUAAACACCAGA